CUCUCUCUCUCACACGGACACUCCGAAAGCUUUUAUAAGUUCUUCUGAUUCACGGAUAAACUAUUUUAUAUAUUAUUUGAUUCGUUUUAUUUGUUUAUUGUAUUCUGUCUUUCGAUUUUGUUCGAUUCUUCGGUCCCUUGGUCUGAGUUUCCGCUUCCGCUGGCGUAAAAGCACAUGCAGCGGCGGUACCUGUAGAUUCGGCGAGUCGGAUUCUUUUGCCGGAAAGUUGUGCUUUUCCGGCGAGAAAUGCGAAGAAUCCGGAAACCCAUUAUCAGAUCAUUGUUGGCUUUUAUGUGACGGAACUGAAGAAAAGGGCACGAUGUCGGUAUUCGAUGCUACUUUUAUCAACACUGAGCUCUCGAAACCAACGUCGAUCUUCGGUCUCCGGUUGUGGGUCGUCAUCGGAAUCUUGCUCGGAUCUCUCAUAGUCAUCGCCCUCUUCCUCCUAUCCCUCUGUCUAACCUCUCGCCGGAAAAACCGAAAGCUGCGCGCUGACUUCGGCGCCAUCGCCACGCCUCCGAUCUCGAAGGAGAUUAAGGAGAUCGUGCACCACCACCACGCGCCGGCGGCAGACCACCACCACCACCACCCGGCGCAAGCCGCCCCGGCGGAGAUCCAGGUCGAUAUCGGGAAGAUCGAGCACCGGGUCGUGUUCUCGGACCGGGUAUCGAGCGGGGAGAGCAGGGGAACCGCGAGCGCCAGCGAAACAGCGUCGUUUUCGGGAAGCGGCGGCGUCGGACCGGAGGUUUCGCAUCUCGGCUGGGGCCGAUGGUAUACUCUGAGAGAGCUGGAGGCGGCGACCAAUGGCCUCUGUGAAGAGAACGUCAUCGGGGAAGGUGGGUAUGGGAUUGUCUACCGCGGGAUUUUAACUGAUGGAACUAAGGUUGCUGUCAAGAACCUGCUUAAUAACCGGGGUCAAGCCGAGAAGGAAUUCAGAGUGGAGGUGGAGGUAAUUGGGCGUGUCCGGCACAAGAAUCUCGUUAGACUUUUAGGGUAUUGCGUCGAAGGUGCUUACAGGAUGCUCGUUUAUGAAUACGUGGACAAUGGCAACUUGGAGCAAUGGCUACAUGGUGAUGUCGGGGAUGUCAGCCCUCUCACUUGGGACAUCCGUAUGAACAUAAUACUCGGGAUGGCAAAAGGAUUGGCAUACCUACACGAAGGUCUUGAACCGAAAGUUGUACACCGGGACAUAAAAUCGAGCAACAUCUUACUUGAUCGCCAAUGGAACCCAAAGGUCUCGGAUUUUGGACUCGCCAAGCUGUUGUGCUCCGAGAGAAGUUACGUGACGACCCGUGUGAUGGGAACGUUCGGUUAUGUUGCCCCGGAAUACGCCUGCACGGGAAUGCUAAACGAGAAGAGCGACAUCUAUAGCUUCGGUAUAUUAAUCAUGGAGAUCAUCACCGGGAGGAACCCUGUUGAUUACACUCGCCCUCAAGGAGAGGUGAACCUGGUGGGAUGGGUGAAAGCAAUGGUGGGGGAAAGGAGGACAGAGGCAGUGGUGGAUCCGAAAAUGGAAGAGGGUCCUUCCCCAAAGGCCAUGAAAAGGGCCUUGCUGGUGGCUCUUCGUUGUGUGGAUCCCGACGCUAACAAGCGCCCUAAGAUGGGUCAUAUCAUCCACAUGCUCGAAUCCGACGACUUGCUCUUACGCGAUGAUCGAAGGGCGGCGAGAGAGAAGCAACAGAUUGCGACCGAGACGAGCGAAAGCGACGGUGGCUCACGUCUUCGUCCCAAUGGAGUGAGAUGAGGUCACUCUCACCUGUUUGUUUUCCGAUUUUUUUUUUCUCUUUUUUAUAUUAAUCGAUUCGUAUUUUGUGUGACAUAAAAAAAAAUUGAUUAUUUUUCGUUACUGGUUCGAUGAUUAGGUCUCUUUUGUAAUCUUCCAUAUUUAUGCCAUAGGAUAUGGAAUUUUUUAAAAUUUUUAAUAAUUUUAAAUGAA